GGACAAGGGAAAUAACAUGAUGCAUCAACCAGUCCCAUGAAACACGGCAUUCAUUUACUUGUCAAGACCUCGAAAUCAACCCAAUCACUGUGCUUCGAGCUGCCCUUCACUGGAUCUUCCCUCUUCUCUGCUGAAUCCUAACAUUAUUCAAUCAACAAAGGUACGCACUGAAUCAAUUUCGCAUCUUUCACUGUCAAUUCCUUUAGAUCCGAUCGUCAUUUCGUUCCUCAACAUUUUGCCCUAGUUCUACCACUCAAUUCCCUUCAGUUUCAUCAGAUCAAACCGAUUUUAUCCAACUCCUAAUGUCAAUCUGAGUUGUUCUUUUGAUUACAAGUCUUUGUAACAAAGUUCCAUUGAAAUUGGAAUCGUUUUAGAAGAUAUCAGACACACAAUGGCUGUACCGAAGCAACAUUAUGCAACAAGCAGUCUUGUGAUUGGGUACGCUUUAUGUUCAAGCUUAUUAGCUGUGAUCAACAAAUUUGCAAUCACCAAGUUUAAUUACCCAGGGCUAUUGACUGCUUUGCAGUAUCUAGUUUCAGCUUUAGGAGUUUGGGUUUUGGGGAAAUUAGGGUUCUUGAGCCACGAUCCGUUCGUGUGGGAAACCGCUAAGAAAUUCCUACCCGCUGCUAUCGUUUUCUAUCUCGCAAUCUUCACAAACACGAAUUUAUUGCGUCAUGCCAAUGUAGACACGUUUAUCGUCUUCAGAUCCUUAACACCCCUUUUGGUAGCAAUCGCCGACACCACUUUUAGGAAGCAACCAAUUCCAUCAAAACUUACAUUUCUAUCACUUUUAAUCAUCUUGGGUGGUGCUGUUGGCUAUGUCGCUACAGAUUCAGGAUUCACAUUGACUGCAUAUUCAUGGGCAUUUGCUUACUUGAUCACAAUCACAACCGAAAUGGUUUACAUCAAACACAUGGUUACAAAUCUUGGAUUGAACACAUGGGGAUUUGUUUACUACAACAACCUGUUAUCUCUCAUGAUGGCUCCAUUCUUCUGGAUCAUGACUGGUGAAUACUCUGAUGUGUUUGCUGCUGUUGGAUCAAACCAUGGGAAUUUGUUUGAAAUCAUAGCAUUUACAGCAGUCUCAUUAUCAUGUGUUUUUGGACUUCUAAUCAGUUUCUUUGGAUUUGCAUGUCGAAAAGCCAUAUCUGCAACUGCAUUCACUGUAACUGGUGUUGUAAACAAGUUUCUUACAGUGGCUAUAAAUGUUUUGAUUUGGGAUAAACACGCAAGUCCUUUUGGGUUAUUCUGUUUGCUUGUGACAAUUGCUGGAGGUAUUUUGUAUCAGCAAUCUGUAACUGGAGUUAAUACUCCAUCUAUAAUACAGCGGGACCCAGUAGCAUCUAAGUUAAUGGAUGAUAAUGAUGAUGGUGAUUACUCAAAUGAAGAUGAAGAAAAGGGUAUUUCGGGAAAAAUCUCGGGGGUAUAAGUGUUUUUCUAAAUAUCUCAGGUUUGGUCAACUAAAGCUUUAUACACAUGUUAUCGAUGAUUCGGUUUAGUUUUAUGUAUUAAAAUUUCAACUAUAUUAUUUGCUUUUGGAUUUUGAUAGUUGAUGUUAUCUUGAAUAGGUCUUUUUUAUUUCUCACACUAUGAAUUGUGUAUUCGGGUAUCUUUGCUUUAUUAAAGUAGUGAACAAUGAAGAUCGUUUAUUUUUGUCAA